UCAUUCUACCUACUCUGCAACAUGUCUACCAACCCUUUCGCUAUUCUCCGUUUACCAGAAUCUGCACUUCGAAAAUCUAUCAAUCAGAUGGGCCUUAUGGAACAAUUCUCCUUGUCAGUUCUCUCGAACAAAACAAAACAUGCUGUUACCAUGUUACCCGAAGUCAAAAAUGAUGUUUCUAUAACUAUGACGUCAUCUCUUGAGUUACUCCUAUCAAACCAUUCUCAAGAUGUUGAUUUUAUCUUCGAAAUGGAUUCUCACUAUCCGAAUGUAGAAAUACGUCAACGUUUUGACAACGCGCGUUGUAGAUUUACACAACUUAGUAUACCAGGAUUCACAGUGAAACACUGGAUAGAGCACAUUGUUGAUGUAUUCUGUAAAAAUCAAGGAGUGGCGUUGAUUUUCGAAAGUAUAAUGAGAGAACGAUUUUAUGAACUUUAUGAAAUUAUUAAAAAUAUAAAAAUUGUUCACCUGGAACCUUUUUCUUCACAAAUUCAAGAUUACCAGCGUCUCACACUUUUUCCUUCUUUGGAAUGGUUGACAGUGAUUGGAGUGGACGAGGCUCCAAUUGGUACUCCAAUCCUAAUUCAGAAUUUCGAAGGAUUCAUAAUUUUUCCUAACAUACAAUGGAAAAUCGAUGAUGUACUAAUUUCAAAUUUUUCGAAUUUGCGCAUGUGGCACCGAACAUUUUCCGUCCAAGACCUGAACCUCUUCAUGAGACAGUGGAUCAAGGGAUCAAUGCCCCGUCUCGAAGAAUUCGACGUAAUCCUUUCCCACUCUAAUCAACACAAACUUGUGGAAACUGACCUAUUCAAAAGUAUCAAGUACACUGUCAAAGAAAACGAGAAUUGCAAAAUCAAUGUAAUCAAGAGACGCGAUGGAGCAAAAGCGAGCGUCUGUUUUGGUGGGAAGAGUUCCUAUGAAUUUCAUUUCACAGUCGAGUCGGAGCCUGACUAAAUUCUAGUGUUAUGUUCAUUGUUUUUGUGUUUUUGUGUUGCCAAUAAAUUAUUGUUAAAGAUGCAGUUGUGUUAUACUUGUUGGGAAAUUGAAAUUAUAUGUACACAUUUUCCAAUAAAUUUGCUUCGACG